ACUUUUACGAGUUCUGUACGACAAGUACCCACACUGUUAGUUCCACUUGCCAAGCCUACAAUUGUUAUUUACUGGAUUUGUUUGUAUCAUGAGAUUCACAAUUAUUUUUAUUAUUUCCAUUAAUCUAUUAAUUUCAAUGGACGUUUCAAAAGCACGUGACUGGUAUUCCAAGUACAAAGUUGGCAAAUUGAAAUUCAAUUCAGAGAAGGAUUUGGGUGUUUCACAUGGGUUCUAUGGGAAAAGUAAACGGAUUGAAGUAAAGUUGUAUUCUCCGGGGAGGCUAGCAAAAGGGAUCGACACCAAGGGCAAUAUCCUCAGGCGUUUCUGUGACAACGAUCCUGUGAAAUUCUGUUGGAAUAAAAGUUUGGUGGUAUCGUUGAUGGGAAGGUGCUCGAAUCAUCCAUGUAAUGAAGAAAAUCGUAUUGAACGACAGCACUUGUUGCAAAGAGACCAGAGACAAUAUGAUGCCAUUGCUGUCAUGAAAUAUACAAAACAUGUGCUUUUAGGGAGUUUGAAUAAAGAUGAAAAAGUCACGAAUGAUGGAGAUGAGAGGAAGGUGAAAAAAAGUCAAGUACGAGAGAUACAUCCUAAUGAGGUGACUAGUGUGGCUAAAAAUCAAGAGGUCAACGAGAAUGACAAGAGGAUGCAGAAGACUGACACUCUAGAAUCUACCCUUAGCGAUAAGAAAGCAUCUUCUAAUAUUCUCCAGGGUAAGAAGAGGAGAUCUAAAAGAGACACGGUUAACCAGGACGAGAGGGCAACUGAUAAUAACACGAAAAUCAAUGAUCCAAAAGAAGAUAAUUCAAAAGAAUUUGUGGAAAAAUUGUCAAAUGUAUUUUUAUACUUCGGUGAUUAUAUUGUUGCUAUUAUGCUGAAGAAUAUAAAAGUACAAUUACGUGAAGAAGAUAUGGCUGAGGCAUACGAAAACAAGAUGGCCGAAUUAACAGUAGAGCAUGAGAUGACUAGUAUGGAGGCCGCCAAGAUGGUGGGACGUAAGGUAGAGGAGGCAUUUGGGGAGUCUUUUCAAUUAAAGAUAAAGAAUUAUUUGAAAUGGCUAGUUGACAAUAUUGAAUUAUCGUAAAAAUGGUGAAUGUUAUUUCUAAUAUUAUAUU